AUGGUUGGAAGAGUAGUAUGUGUAACUGGUGUUGCCGGCUUCAUUGGCUCGCAUACGGCAGAAGCAUUGCUGAAAGAUGGAGAUGUGGUCGUUGGCCUGGACGACAUCAACGAUUACUACAGUGUAGAGCAGAAACUCGAGAACUUGAGAAUCCUCUCGCAUCUAGGAGGUGAUCGCUUCAAGUUCUACCGCCAGGACAUUGCUGAUUCUGAGGCUAUUCGAACUAUCUUCGCAUCUUGUCAAGCUGACGGACAUUCAAUCACACACGUAUGUCAUCUGGCUGCCAGAGCUGGUGUACGUCCUUCGAUACAAUCGCCUGAGCUCUACGUAUCCACAAACGUAAACGGAACGGUAUCCAUGCUGGAAGCAUCCAGACGCUAUAAUGUCAAGAACUUUGUCUAUGCUUCCUCAUCCAGUGUCUAUGGGCUAAACGCAAAGAUCCCAUUUGCAGAAGAUGACAACACAGACUCUCCUGUAUCACCAUAUGCAGCUACGAAAAAAGCGACGGAAUUGCUCGCCUCCACAUACGCUCAUCUAUAUCAACUGCCUGUUACUGGUUUACGGUUCUUUACUGUCUUUGGCCCAAGAGGGCGACCCGAUAUGGCUCCUUAUAUGUUUGUGGAUCGUAUCGCCAACGGAAUAUCAAUUAAUAAGUUUGGAGACGGAACCUCGUCAAGAGACUACACUUAUAUAGAUGAUAUAGUUGCUGGCAUACUAUCCGCUCUCGAUACUCCGCGCCGAUGUGAAAUCUACAAUCUAGGAAAUCACCAAACAGUCACUUUGAAUGAAUUCAUACAUAUAGUAGAAAAGCUAGUCGACAGGAAAGCCAUUAUAAAUCAGUUGCCUAAUCAACCUGGAGACGUGCCAAUCACAUAUGCAGACCUGACCAAAUCGUCUCGAGAUCUUGGAUAUAAGCCAACACACACUUUUGAGCGUGGAAUGACCAAGUUUGUUAAAUGGUACAACGAAUACAGGCAACAACAGAUGGAUGCCGCAUCGUCAUUGCUACUUCUACCACCAUCUUUGGCAGAUUGUGAAUCUGAAGAUUCAUCUGGUUUGGACUCGUCCGAUGUAUCUGGCUUGGAAUCAGAAACCGAAACGGCCAUGAAUGUUGAAGUAUAA